CAUUUUGUCAUUUGAUAAUUUAGUCACAAUUUACAUUUGAUGAAAGCCAAAUAAAAUUAUAUGAGAAAAAUAAUAGAAUAAUUGUUCAAAUUACAUAUUUUCCAAUAUCUGUUUGAACUUGAAACAAAAUGUCUGAAAGAAAAGUUUUAAACAAAUACUAUCCUCCGGAUUUCGAUCCAUCAAAGAUACCUCGUAUGAAAUUGGCGAAAAAUCGCCAGUACACAGUGCGUUUGAUGGCUCCAUUCAACAUGCGUUGUGCUACGUGCGGUGAGUACAUAUACAAAGGCAAGAAGUUCAACGCCAGGAAAGAAGAUGUGGAAAAUGAGGACUAUCUUGGCAUAAGGAUAUACAGAUUCUAUAUCAAGUGCACUCGAUGCCUACAAGAAAUAUCAUUCAAGACAGACCCAAAGAACACAGAUUACGAGAUAGAGGCGGGUGCCACACGUAAUUUUAUGGCAUUAAAACUGGCUGAAGAACAAGCCAAGAGGGAAGAGGAGGAACAGAAAGAAGAGGAGGCCAAUAAUCCUAUGAAGCUGUUAGAAUACAGAACUGAGCAGUCAAAACAGGAAAUAGAACUGCUAGAGAGCCUUGAAGAGUUGAAAGAACUGAACAGAAGACAGCAGACUGUGGACUAUGAGGGCAUGCUCAAACAGUACCAGCCCGAGACAGCAGUUGAGAGGAAAGCAAGGGAGGAAAAAGAGGAUGAUGAAUUUAUAAAAUCUGUGAAGUUUGCAAAUUCAUCAUCAAAUAGAGUAAUAGUUGAAGAAACAGUUGAAGACGUGACAGAAGAUGAAGGGCCCCCUGUAAAAGUGCCAAAAAUAGAAAUGAUGCCGCAAAGGAGUAUCAAUACUAAAAAAGAUUGGAAUAGAAGUAUAGGAGUACUUUCUAAGAAGACAGCCUUAUCUAAUCUCGUUAAAAAGAAGGAGUCCACGCAAACCAGCGAAACGAAGACAGAUAGUAAGCCUGAAAAAGAUGUGAGGCAAGUAGACAAUAGGAGCAGUGAAACUGAAUCCGAAAGGGUGAAGUCCGCAGCGACAGGUCUAGCUUUGCUGGCCGGAUACUCAGGUAGUGACAGUGAUUCGUAAUGACUAUUCCGUACAUGUAGUGUAUAUACUUAUAAAAAUAAUUUUGGACUCAAUAAAUCAGUAAACUCUUAAUAUAUUUUAUUAUACAG